CUCCAAAUCCUACUACUACCUUUAUCCGCUCUUUCUCUAAACCUUCAUAUUCUGAACUUUCUCUUCUUCUAGUUAGCUCCCCCAAACAAAAGUUUCUCCCCCAAAAAGACCAUGGCUGCCAACACACUCAUGAGCUGUGGCAUAGCCACCGCAUUCCCUUCAGUCCUCUCCUCCUCCAAGUCCAAGUUCGCCGCCGCCGUGCAGUUGCCUGGUGUUGGUGCCAAUGGUAGCCACCGUGUUAGCAUGUCAGCUGACUGGAUGCCUGGUCAGCCUAGGCCACCUUACCUUGAUGGCUCAGCACCAGGUGACUUUGGAUUUGACCCACUAAGGCUCGGUGAGGUCCCAGAGAACCUUGAGAGGUACAAGGAGUCUGAGUUGAUUCACUGCAGAUGGGCUAUGCUUGCUGUUCCUGGUAUCUUGGUACCAGAGGCUUUGGGGUAUGGAAACUGGGUAAAGGCUCAAGAAUGGGCGGCAAUUCCUGGUGGACAAGCCACUUACUUGGGCAACCCUGUUCCAUGGGGUACCCUCCCUAUCAUCUUGGUCAUCGAAUUCUUCGCCAUCGCCUUCGUUGAGCACCAACGCAGCAUGGAGAAGGACACCGAGAGGAAGAAAUACCCUGGUGGUGCUUUUGAUCCCUUGGGAUACUCCAAGGACCCCAAAAAGUUCGAGGAAUACAAGGUCAAAGAGAUCAAGAAUGGUCGCCUUGCAUUGUUGGCAUUCGUGGGAUUCUGUGUUCAACAAUCAGCUAGACCUGGCACUGGACCACUGGAGAACUUGGCAACUCACUUAGCUGAUCCAUGGCACAACAACAUUGGAGAAAUCAUCAUCCCCAGAUCAAUCUCACCUUGAUGAGGGAAUACCCAUUUUGUAAAACUCCAUGUAAUCAUCUGUAAUAUUGAAUCAGAAUUCCAUGACUUUUGGUCUGCGUAAUUAGGCUUUUUACAGGUUUCA